UGUUUAUCGGCUUAUCGCGCUUAUGACGCAGAAAAAGCAUUUUAAGAGCGGAACAGCCCAAAUCUGAGAAACGAAACGAGCACAUGCUUCUUUUGACGAAGUGAGAGUCCCAAGUACUCAUGAUGUCUUCGGAAAAGUCCAGUAAGCCAGAGUCUAAGAUCUGCACUAGGCGACUGCUGUUCGCUGUGAUUGUUUUGCUAGCUGGAGUGGUAGUAAUUCUCACUGCUGGUGUCAUCGUGAUGGAAGAAGAAAUCAGAACCUUGAGGAAAAAUGUUGCAGAGUAUCAAACAUGGAAAGACGAAGAUGGCGACAAAAGGUCAGCUUCCGGUCCCUUGGCUGAGAGCAGUUCUUCCCACGAGGAGUUUUCCAAAAGGAAACGCGUUCGGCUUUCAAGAUCUAAGCAAAGUCGUUGUGAGUCAAUAAGGAUUCCAAUGUGUCGAAAUAUGCCCUACAGCUCCGCGCAAUUUCCAAACCUUCUCAAUCACCAAAGCCAAGAUGAUGCAAUUGCGUUGGCAAACGUGCUGGGUCCUCUGGUUAAAAGCGGGUGCUCCUCAUCCAUAGAACAUUUCCUGUGUUCGGUUCUGGCACCUCCCUGUGGUGGGACCCAGCAACCCAUGCCUCCCUGCAAAGGACUUUGUAAGCGAGCAACAAGGAGUUGUAGGGACCUCCUUAAUAAGUUUCAGAUAACCUUAGAUCCCUCCAUGAGGUGCAAGAAUUUGCCAAAAGAGGGAACAUCAAAGUGCUUCAACGGAUCAUGGCCGAGGGGCACAAACACACCAAGUCCAGCCUUAACUCACACAACUACGAAUUGCCGACCAGUAACUCAUCAGUGCAACCGUUUCCUACCUCAUAACUGGCAGGCACAGUUCCCAAACUACUUCGGUCACAAGGAUGAAACAGAAGCUUCCGCUAACUAUAAGAAGCUCGAGGGACUUCUUCGAGUUUUUGACAAGGACUGCUCUGCUAUUCUAUCUACCUUCCUUUGCCCACUUUAUGUACCACCUUGCAGAAAUACCAAACACCCAUCACUACCCUGCAGAGAGUUCUGCCUUAAGGCUAAAUCACAGUGCAAACGAGAAAUACGUUUGUCCAAGCGAGCUAGUCUUCGAUGGCACUCGUUUCUUAAGUGUAAGAACUUCCCUGGGAAAGAUGAAGGAUCUUGUUACAAUGGACAGAUAAUACCAGAACCGACCACACAGCUGCAGCCCACAGUUCCAGCAAAGUGCGAGGUCCUCACAGUUCCGUUGUGCAAAAAUAUACCUUACAACAUGACAGAGUUUCCGAACUUUUUCCGCCACCAGACUCAAGCUGCAGCGUCUCUCGAAGUGCAACAAUUUUCUCCUCUGGUGCAAGUCAAUUGCUCACCAGACUUGGCGUUUUUCCUGUGUUCACUGUACUCCCCCAUCUGCACUUCUCUAGACAGACCACCACUCCCAUGCAGAGAGCUCUGUGUUCGUGUCAGACAAGGGUGUCUUCCUGUAUUACUACAAUAUAAUUUUAAAUGGCCAGAAGUAAUGAAAUGUGAACAGUUUCCUCGAAGCGGAGACAGUAUUUGUAUUGAUAGACCCAACGUAGUGGCUUUUACGACUCCGUCCCCCAGUCCAACAAUUCAGCUUCAAGUGCGGAGUUGCGAACCUUUAAGGGCGUCCACAUGCAGUGCCUUUCACUACAGUAUGACAACGAUUCCUAACUUCUUUAAUCACCAUACUCAAAACCAAGCUUCUCUUGAAAUGAGUAAGUUUGAUGCAGUUAUUAAGACCAAUUGCUCCAAAGAAUUAAACUUCUUUCUCUGUUCCUUGUACGCCCCUCCAUGUGAUCCACACCCAUACGCUGCACCUUGUAAGGAACUCUGCAGUCGCGUCAGAAAACAGUGCAUUUCUACAGUAAGACAGUUGAGGAUUAAAUGGCCGAUUCCUUGUUCAAAGUUUAAACGCAAAUCAGAGGUUCCUGGUUGUUUGGAUGCACCGUCCUCCCCCAAGGCUACCGCCCUCACCCCCAGGAAUACCUUAGGAAACGGUAAGUGGUAAAGAAAAAUAGAGAUAGUACUUUUAUUCGAGAAGCAAACUUCAAGAGUAUAGGUUUGGUUUGGUUUUUUUGGAUCUGAUUUCAUUUUUGCUUAUGCAAGUCACGGUGGUGAUCUAUGGGUCCAGGUUCGAGCGCUGGGCGAGCAUUCUGUUCCUAACCAGUCGUACUUU